UGACAGUUGGAUCAGUCCGUUGGUUGAUACUGGGGCGAGAGGUAAGUGUAAAUUCUCUCUGAGAGUUUUUUGCCAAAUAAUCCUUUAAUUUAGUUUAAAAAAAGAGGGGAAAUAGUUGGGUGAUGCCCUCAGUCUAGCAGAUGUUGCUCUUCUCACUGAUUUUAGUGAAUUCGGAGAAUUAUCCCCUAAAAUGGGUUUUGGAGAUACAGUACCUUUAAUCUCAGCACUGGUUGGGAGACACAGACCCAGGAUUUUGGAAGUUAUGCAGGGCUGACACAAAUAUACACCUUUUCUAUAGCAAACCCUUAAGAAAAUAACAUUUGGGGACCCCUGUGGAUCAUUUCUGUUCCCGGUAUUGACAGGCUCCUUAGAGUUUUGCCCCUCUGCCCCUGGGUAUCUGCCCUGCUAUUAAGUACCAACACUGUAGCUAAAUACACGCUCCAUUUAUCCAAAUCUGGAACUAGGGGUGGGUAGCAGAGUCACAUGCCAUGGGGAUAAUUGGGGGGGAAGCUAAUGAGUGGGGGACAUACAGCAGGGUGUCAUAUAAGAAAGGUGACUUUACAACUAGGGAUUUGUCAGUUGGUUUAGUCCUUUGGUUUUAAUUGUGGUAAGUGUAUAUUCCCUCUGAGAGAUGCUUAUUUUAGUGAAAAAAGAGGGGGAAAAGUUGGGUGAUGCCCCCCAGACUAACAGAUAUUGAUCAUGUUACUGAUUUUAGUGAAUUUCCCCCUAAAACGGACAAUGCCUUUAUUCUUAGUGCUGGUUGGGAGACGCAGACCCAGGGUUUGACAGUUGGUUUAGUCCGUUGGUUGGUAGAGUGCUGAAUGUACUAUCCCUAUAAGAGAUUUAGGGGCUGACAGCAAAUAUACACUUUUUCCCAAUUGAAGCCCAUAAACAGAUAACAUUUGGGGACCCCUGUGCCUCACUAUAAAUACUUUAUUUGUAUGACCAGUAUUAACAGGCUCCUUACAGUUUUGCCCCUCUGCCCCUGGGUAUCUAACCUGUUCUGAUAUACCAACCUUAACAUGAAUUUAACGGAAUACAUAGCAAUGUCUUUUCCUUUCAUGUCUCAUGUGCAUUCCCUUCAAAUGUCCCGGCUGUGGGGGGCAACAGGGUACAUGGUAGGGCAGUAUUGAUUCCAAUCAUAUUUAAUUGCUAUUCUGUAAAUGUUUCCUAUAGCAGGGGGUGGGCAAUCUGCACCUGGCCAGUGAUCUUAUGUACUAUGUAUUCAUUCUCUCUAUACCAAUGCUCAUUUCUGAUUGGCUGCUGGGAGGUACUGCAUUGUAUACACUGAGUGCCAGUACCCGCUGGGAGUGACACAAAGCUCACGUUUAGGGUAAAAUGGCCAGAUCUCCACCUUCCUCUGUAUUUUAUAAGAAAUAUUAAAUGUUAAAUGCAUUAUCCUGAAGCUAAUCUGUCAAUUUGUUCUCUUCCCAUACAGAUUGCUACAGUGCUACCUUUUUGGCAAAUCAACAGCGAUUUUGGACUGUGUUUUUUCCUGGCUUCUCCUUAGUUCAGAUUUUAACAUUCUUUUCUGAACACAUAUAAGGAGAGCCAGCGUCUAAAGAGGGAGACCCUCUGGGGUACCCCGGCCUUGUGCCGGCCCCUCUGAGCCAAAAGCCAAAAACAUCUCGGCUUUUUGGUUUUUUUUUUUUGCUUAUUUUUUUUUUUAAGAUCUGGCAUCAUUUUUUCAACAUCUGCCAUCAUUUUUUUUUAACAUCUGGCAUCAUCAAGAACAACAUCAUCUUCUAUUAAGAGAGACAGCGACAAACAUGGGGAUUUCAAACCCAAAAAAGCGCAAAAGAGAGGAGAGGAGUCGUGGAAGCGCCAAAAAGAACAGGGAUGAGCGCGUGACUUGCCAACCUGCAGCGGAGGAGCCGGUUCCUAUACAAGACCAAUGGAACACCCUCAGGAACAUCGAUGGAGAACUGGACAUCUUUGAGGACUACGGGGAAGAGAGCUACCUGUUCUAUAAAGCCCUAGAAGAGAAAUUCCAAACAUCGGGGAUUCUCACGAAGCAGACCACCAUUGCGGAAAGUGAUUGGCGGGAAAUCAUCACCAUUUUAAUCAAAGUGCACAGACACUUUUCACUGGACUUCUCCACCUUGUGCCUUGCUGUAAAAUACAUGGCAAGGUACAUCUCUGGAAGGCAACUGAAACCUGGCAUCCUGAAACCAGUGGGGGCCACUAGUUUAUAUCUGGCCAUAAAGAUCAUGGAAGACAAUCCACCUAAUGCAGAAGAGUUUCUGGAGGUCUUUGGUGAAACUCUUUACUCACCAAGAGUCUUGGCAUUUGUGGAGGAUAUGAUGCUGUACCGACUGGAGUGUCGCCUGCACCAACCCACCGUAGACUUUUUUCUGGAGCACUUCACCUUAAUGAGUGUAUCCGUGGAGAUGUUUUUUUAUGACAACAUCACUAGAGUAGCCAAUGCUCUUACAGCUGCUAGGGGCAUUGCAGCACUGACCAUGAUGAAGUAUGAAUUUCAUACUUAUUUACCAUCUUUAAUGGCUCAGUGCUGCCUUAAAGCUGCUGAACACAUCCUUGGAUACAACUUAUUAGUGGAGUUGCCCAGCGACCAUCCAAGUCAGAUCGUGCAGAAAUGCCUCAGGAAAACUUUACUCCUGGCAUCAGCCAACAAAGAAUUUUUACAGCAACUUAUGCCAGGAGUCUUUCCUGAGGUAUUUCCCAAAUUUCCUCCCCCCACCAUCCAGAGAGGAAGAACAGGAGCCAAGGAGCCAGCCAGGCAGCCACGUGAAGAGUUAAGAGCCAAGGAGCCAGUCAAGAAGCCCAGUAAAACAUCAGCUAAAAGGCCAAAUAAAGAGACAGGAGCAAAAGAGCCAGCCAGUCAGUCCAACAAAUUGGCAAAAAGACCAAAAAUAGAGGCUUCUGUAAAUGAUCCCAAAGAUAGAGCUGAGUCAACAGCAGCAGAGGCAGUCGCAGCCACGAGAAGAACAGCACGGAACACACAAAGAUGCUGUAAAUUUUGUAAUGGCACACGUGCAAAUACAUAUCCCCAUACGCACACAGACACACACUGAACACACUUUCAUCCCACUGACAUGACCCCCAUACAUAUUUACAUACACACAUACAUCUGAGUCACAGCUGCCAGAAGGGACAAGCAGUACCAUACUGGGGACAAGAAUAUGGUUAACGCACGCAAGCACCUUUAUGCCACUCGGUAGACCCUGCAUUCCUUUUCACUCAAUCCCUCUGCAGACUGCAAAGCCGGGUCUGUAGGCUGCAGGGGGACUAACGGAAUGCAGAGGAAUGCAGCAUUCACCUUCCUGCUUAAAGGUACUUAUGUGUAUGUUGUCAUAUUCUCUUCUGUUUCCCUUCCUUACGCCGCAGCUUCACCAGCGGUGCUCCUCCCUUCAUCCAAAAUAUGGUUUUAUAUACGGGAGCACACUUAAGCCGCUCUGUGGAUUCUGCAUUGCUUUUAACUCCAUCCUUGGGCUGUAGAAGCCGGGUCUGCAGGCUACAUGGGAUGGAAUUGAAAGGAAUGCAACGUUCAUCUAGCAGCUUAAUGGCGCUCAUGUAUAUGCUGCCAUAUUCCCUUCUGUUUCCCUUCCUUCCACCACAAUUCCAACAGCAGUGCCCCCCCUUACAUCUAAAAGAUGGUUUCAUACAUAGAAGCACCCUUAAGCCACUCGGCAGACCCUGCAUUGCUUUUCAUUCCAUCCCUCAAACUGCAAAAUCCGGGAUCCAAUGGAAUGAAGAGGAAUGCAGUGUUCACUUAGAAGCUUAAUGGAGCUCAUGUGUAUGCUGCCAAAUUUCUUUCUGUGUCCCUCACCCUGCUUCCCUUCUUUAAAUA